AUGCCCAGCGCUGACAGGCAGGACCGCUGCCCUCAGCUUCCCGGCAGGGGGGAGUGUAGAAUUGGGCUGCGGGCGCAGCUGCUGAGGGAGAAUAAUCCUCGGGUUUCGGGGGGCGGCAGCACCCGGCAGAGGCGGCGGCGCCGCGUCCAGCCCCGCCAGGUGCGUUCCCGCUGCGGGGAGGAUCACGCGUGUUGGCGAGCGUUGCUCCGUGAGACGCGCGUCUCGUUUUCCCGAAGGAGCGGUCCUGCUGCAGCAGCGCUCAGACGAGUGAAAAUGGUCCCGGUGCCUGGAAAUUCCCUCCCCCGGGCGCCCGCGGGGGCUCCGGGCGGGCAGAGCCACGGAAUGAAAGUUGCGGAGCCUUUGCGACAGCUGGAGUUGGUCGAAACGCUGCAGCUUCGUUCCGGUUUCUGGCUCAGGCGUGGGCAGGGUGGGUGUGUGUCCUGGGGGGUCGGGGCUGUUUUUAAAAAUAGCAAAUGGAAAUCGGAAGGGAAUUGCUCGAAAUAUAACGUGAACUUAGCGCAGCAAUUUAACGUACACGUUGCUACCCAGAGUGGGUCUACCCACAUUGCUCGAGCCAGCUUCCAGGUUGAUGCUUUUGGAUCAUCUUUCAUUCUAGAUGUGACGCUAAACCAUGACCUGCUGUCUUCUGAAUAUCUUGAAAGGCAUAUCGAGCAAGAUGGGAAGACAGUGGAAGUUAAAGGAGGAGAACAUUGCUAUUAUCAGGGAGAAAUUCGAGGAAAUCCUGUAUCGUUUGUUGCCUUGUCAACAUGCCAUGGAUUACAUGGGAUGUUCUAUGAUGGAAAUCAUACUUACCUGAUUGAGCCAGAUGAAAACUACACUUCAGAUGAUGACUUCCAUUUCCACUCUGUUUACAAAUCCAAGUUGUUUGAGUUUCCUUCGGAUGACCUGUCACCUGAGUUCUGGCAAAUGAAUACUACGUCAUCAAAGUUUGUUGUAAAGCCAAGACACAAAAGACGUAAAAGGCAGGUUCGUCAGAUUCCACAUAGUGUUGAAGAGGAAACAAAGUACAUUGAAUUGAUGAUUGUAAAUGAUCAUCUAAUGUGUAAAAAGCACCGCUUGUCAGUCGGUCAUACAAACAGUUAUGCUAAAUCUGUUGUGAACAUGGCAGAUCUGAUAUAUAAAGAACAACUUAACACCAGGAUAGUAUUGGUUGCCAUGGAAACCUGGGCUACUGAUAACAAGUUUGCCAUAUCUGAAAACCCCUUGGUGACCCUACGUGAGUUUAUGAAAUAUAGGAGGGAUUUUAUCAGAGAGAAAAGUGACGCAGUUCACCUUUUUUCGGGGAGUCGAUUUCAGAGCAGUCGGAGUGGUGUAGCCCACACUGGUGGAAUCUGCUCCCUGCUUAAAGGCGGAGGUGUGAAUGAGUUUGGAAAGCCAGACUUAAUGGCAGUUACUCUGGCACAGACCUUGGCCCAAAACAUUGGUAUUUUCUCAGACAGAAGAAAACUUGUAAGUGGUGAGUGUAAGUGUGAGGACACGUGGUCUGGAUGCAUAAUGGGAGACACAGGGUAUUACCUUCCAAGCAAGUUCUCCAAAUGUGAUAUUGAAGAGUAUCAUGAAUUUUUAAACAAUGGAGGGGGAGCCUGCCUUUUCAAUAAACCAACCAAACUUUUGGAUCCUCCAGAAUGUGGCAAUGGCUUUGUGGAAGAUGGAGAAGAGUGUGACUGUGGGACAAUAGCGGAGUGUGCCAGCGAAGGCGGGGAGUGCUGCAGUACGUGCACCCUGACGGCAGGUUCCCAGUGCAGCAACGGGCUUUGCUGUCGGAAGUGCCGGUUUGAACCUAAAGGAGUUUUGUGCCGAGAAGCAGUCAAUGAUUGUGAUAUUGCAGAGAACUGCACAGGAAAUUCCAGUCAGUGUUCUCCCAAUAUUCAUAAAAUGGAUGGAUAUUCAUGUGAUAACAAACAGGGUCUUUGUUUUGGAGGAAGAUGUAAAACCAGGGACCGGCAGUGUAAAUAUAUCUGGGGUGAAAAAGUGACAGCUGCUGACAAGUACUGCUAUGAGAAGCUGAAUAUUGAAGGAACUGAGAAAGGAAACUGUGGAAGAGACAAGGACUCUUGGAUACAGUGCAAUAAACAGGAUGUACUUUGUGGAUACCUUCUGUGCUCAAAUAUAUCCAGUGUACCCAGACUUGGAGAACUUGAUGGUGAAAUCACAUCGUCAAUCUUGCAGUUUGGAAAAGUCUACAAUUGCAGCGGCGGCCACGUGAAGCUGGAUGAGGAGACUGACCUGGGCUAUGUGGAGAAUGGGACGCCGUGUGGACCAAACAUGGUGUGCCUUGAUCAUCGCUGCCUCCCCACCGAGGCCUUCAACUUCAGCACCUGCCCAGGCACCACAGACAGCCAGAUUUGUUCAGGACACGGUGUUUGUAGCAAUGAAAUAAAGUGUGUUUGUGACCGAUUCUGGGGAGGAGAUGACUGCAGUUCUCGCAUCAAAGAUGUUAACUCUUUUGAUAAAGAUGGCAUGAAUAAAGGUGUUGUUAGCACAAAUAUAAUAAUAGGGGCUAUUGCUGGCACCAUUUUAGUGUUGACUCUCGUUUUAGGAAUAACUGGUUGGGGUUACAAAAACUACAGAAGACAGAGACAAAUACCCCAGGGAGAUUAUGUAAAAAAGCCUGGAGAGGCCGACUCUUUUUAUAGCGACAUGCCUCCUGGAGUCAGCACAAACUCUGCGUCUAGUUCUAAGAAGAGGUCAAAUGGAUUAUCUCAUUCCUGGAGUGAAAGGAUCCCAGACACAAAACAUAUUUCAGACAUUUGUGAAAAUGGGAGGCCUAGAAGUAAUUCUUGGCAAGGUAAUAUAGGAGGAAACAGAAAGAAAAUCAGAGGCAAAAGAUUUAGGCCACGGUCUAAUUCAACUGAGACACUGUCUCCUGCAAAGUCUCCAUCUUCAUCCACCGGAUCUAUUGCUUCCAGCAGAAAAUACCCUUACCCAUUGCCACCGCUUCCUGACGAGGAGAAAAAAGCCAACAGGCAAAGUGCCAGGCUAUGGGAGACGUCCAUUUAGCUGCACAGUUUUCCUGGGGUGGCACCAGAACUGUUCACUUCGGAUUUUAUAGAAACUCAGUAUCACUGAGUCAUCGCACAUUCAUCUGCUCUUCAAACAAUUCAAGAGAUCAACAGAGGUGCCCGUCAUCACAGUGAGAAGCUCCUCUCAUCUGGAAGGGAAAAAAAGCAGUCUUUUUUUUUCUUUCUUUUUUGUCCACUAGUAUUUUAUGGAUUUUAUGAACAACCAAAAUUGUAACAAAUGAACAGUGGAUAAUUAGCCCGGACAUGACAAGGCUAUUCCGCAUGAUGACAGAUACACUUUCCUAGAGUCCCAGCUGCAGUCCCUUUGCCAGUUCUGUGUAAGAGAGGUUUUUCUCUGCUUUGAUUCAGUCCCAAGUCAGACUAGAGUGGAACUGGGAACGCGCCUCCUGGAGAGCCCAGCCGAUGUAAACUUGUACACUGUAUGCAUGAACCUUGUGUUCUUUACUUUUCACAUGUAAGGGAUAAACAACAUACCAUAGUAGGAAUUAGCAUGCAGGAGUAAGAAAUACAGGCUUUUUUUGUGACAGGAUUUCAAUGUUUGGAAGGCAACUAUUUGACACAAACGUCAAACAAACAAGAAUUAUAUCUUUUUUUUUAACCUUAUGUGUUUAUAAUCUCAGUAUACAGGUUGUAUAUAUGUAAACAUUUGAUAAUGUCAAAAAUAGCUGUUAUACGUAAGUGUAUUUUGCCAAAUGCCUAAAAAACAGUCAUGACUAACAUCAUCACAAUUCAAAUUUUCUAAUAUUAUGAGCAGACAUCUUUGGAAAUAC